GGGGGAGAGGGGGAAAGGCAGGAGAACCUCUCCCCCACUCUUUUUCUUUCUCUCCCCCCUUUGCUCCCCCCAAAUAAUCCAAGAUCAACUCUGCAAACAACAGAAGACGGUUCAUGGCUCAAACCACAGCUCCACCAUCUUUCAGGCUGCUGAGAUUAUUAUUGCCGAUUAAUCAACAGAUGUACAGAUCAGCUCUCAAAAUGUCUUCUGUGUCUUCCGUGCAUCUUCUAAGACAAUUGCAUUAGCCCUCCUGCUAGUUGACUAAUAGAAUUAAUAAUUGUAAAAAGCACUCUAAAGCCACAUGCCUUAUGAAGUCAAUGCUGGGUAUGAUUUUACAAAUAUGGUCCGGAAAAAGAAUCCCCCUCUAAGAAACAUCGCUAGUGAAGGUGAGGUACAGAUCCUUGAGUCUACAGGUACUGAAAACGAAGAGUCUGGAAGGAAAAAAGAAUUUUCUGCAGAUCAGAUGCAAGAAAACACUGACCAGGGUGAUGCUGCAGAACUAAACAACAAGGAGGAUUUUUGCCUGCAUAUCCAAGAGCCAUCUUCCAGCAUUAAAAAAGACUUAAAAAGCUCAGUGCUGAGUGAAAAGGCUGGCUUCAAUUAUGAAAGCCACAAUAAGGGAGGAAAUGUUCCGUCCUUUCCUCAUGAUGAGGUGACAGACAGAAAUAUGCCGACUUUCUCAUCUCCAGCUGUUGGGGGAAUCUGUGAGCCCUUGAAGUCUCCUCUAAGAUCAGAUGCAGAUGACACCCAAGAAGUGGUCUUCACCCCAUCAGGAGAUCCAGUGGAGACAGACAAAGAGCAUCAGACAUCGCCAAAAGCUACAGAUGAAACAGUGCAAGUGCAAAGCGGUCAAACUGAUGGCCAAGGCUCAAGUCCUGUCCCCAUGGCCUCAAAAAACCCACAAGUGCCUUCAGAUGGGGGUUUAAGGCCGAACAAAUCAAAAGCAGAUUUGUCAGCAAAUGAUAACCCAGAUACGGCGCCUCUAUCUCCAGAGCUUCAGGACUUCAAAUGCAACAUCUGUGGUUAUGGUUACUAUGGGAACGACCCCACAGAUCUCAUCAAACACUUCCGCAAAUACCACCUAGGACUGCACAACCGUACCAGGCAGGAUGCGGAGCUUGACACUAAAAUUUUGGCUCUCCACAACAUGGUGCAGUUCAGCCACUCCAAAGACUUCCAGAAAGUCAACCGCACUGUGCUUUCAGGAGUGCUGCAGGACAUCAAUUCCCAAAGACCUGUCUUACUAAACGGGACUUAUGAUGUGCAGGUUACUUUAGGUGGAACCUUUAUCGGCAUUGGACGGAAAACUCCAGAUUGCCAAGGCAACACCAAGUACUUCCGCUGCAAAUUCUGCAAUUUCACCUACAUGGGCAACUCAUCGAAUGAACUAGAGCAACACUUCUUACAGACUCACCCGAACAAAAUGAAAGCCGCCCUUCCUUCCUCUGAAUCGGGGAAACCUUCAGAGAAAAACUCUAAUAAAUCCAGUCCUACUCUUCGAUCAUGUGAUUCUGGAGACUUGGGGAAGUGGCAGGACAAAAUCACUGUAAAAGCAGGAGACAACACACCAGUUGGAUACUCGGUGCCUAUCAAACCCAUAGACUCUUCUAGACAAAAUGAUACAGAUGCCACCAGUUACUACUGGUGUAAAUUUUGCAGUUUCAGCUGUGAAUCAUCCAGCUCUCUCAAACUAUUAGAACAUUACAGCAAACAGCAUGGGGGAAACCAAUCAGGAAGCCUUCAUCCCGAUCUAAAUGAUAAAAUUUCAAGGGGAUCUGUCAUUAAUCAGAAUGACCUAGCCAAAAAUGCAGAGGGGGAGCUAGUAACAAAGACAGAAAAGGGUUCUAGUAUGGCAAAAAAGAAAGAUUUCUCUAGCAAAGGCGGAGAGGAUAACGUUGUGACAAGCUACAACUGUCAGUUCUGUGACUUUAGGUACUCGAAGAGCCAUGGCCCAGAAGUAAUAGUGGUGGGCCCACUUCUCCGUCAUUAUCAGCAGCUACACAACAUUCACAAAUGUACCAUUAAACACUGUCAGUUCUGUCCCCGAGGCCUCUGCAGCCCAGAAAAGCACCUUGGAGAUAUUACUUAUCCGUUUGCUUGCAGAAAAAGUAAUUGUUCCCACUGUGCUCUCUUGCUCCUGCACUUGUCUCCUGGGGUGACAGGAAGCUCUAGAGUCAAACACCAGUGCGAUCAAUGCUCUUUCUCCACUCCGGAUGUAGAUAUUCUCCUGCUUCAUUAUGAGAACGCACAUGAAGCCCAGACAUCUGAUGUCAAACAAGAAGCAAAUACCCUUCAAGGGAUGGAUGGGGCGCUGACUCUCAAAGAGAACAAAGAACACUCAUGUACCAAAUGUGACUUUAUUACCCAGGUGGAAGAAGAGAUUUCCCGACACUACAGGAGAGUACAUAACUGCUACAAAUGCCGUCAGUGCAGCUUUACAGCUGUUGACACCCAGUCACUACUAGAGCACUUCAACACUGUGCAUUGUCAGGAGAUGGACAUCAGUACAGCCAAUGGGGAAGACAGUCAUGGUAUAUCUGCUAUCAAGGAAGAGCCCAAAAUUGACCUAAAGGUCUACAGUCUGAUCAAUCCAGACCCCAAAAUGGGGGAGCCCAUUUCUGACAGCAUAGUGAAGAGGGAAAAGCUAGAAGAUAAGGAAGUGCUCAAGGAGAAAGGUUGGACUGACAUCUCCAAUGAUGAUCUUCGCAGUGUGACCUGGAGAGGAACAGAUAUUUUGAGGGGAAGUCCAUCAUAUACACAAACAAGCUUAGGUCUCCUGACCCCAGUGUCUGUUGGCCAAGAGCAGCCAAAGCCGUUAAGGGAUAGUCCAAACGUAGAAGCUGCCCACCUUGCACGGCCUAUUUAUGGCUUGGCUGUUGAGACCAAGGGAUUCCUGCAGGGGGUGCCAGCAGGAGGUGGAGAGAAAUCUGGACCACUCACUCAUCAGUAUCCUGGAUCAGGUGAUAAAUCAAAGGACGAAUCCCAGUCCCUCUUACGGAGACGUAGAGGCUCAGGAGUUUUUUGUGCCAAUUGCCUGACCACAAAGACCUCUCUCUGGCGAAAGAAUGCAAAUGGUGGAUAUGUAUGCAAUGCGUGUGGCCUCUAUCAGAAGCUUCAUUCGACUCCCAGGCCUUUAAACAUCAUUAAGCAGAACAAUGGUGAGCAGAUCAUUAGGAGACGAACGAGAAAGCGCCUUAACCCAGAGGCACUUCAGGCUGAGCAGCUAAGCAAACAUCAGAGGGGUAGCGGUGAGGAACAAGUCAAUGGAAGUCCAUUAGAGAGGAGGUCAGAUGAUCACUUAACUGAAGGUCACCAGAGAGAAAUUCAGCUUCCCAGCCUGAGUAAAUAUGAGGCCCAGGGUUCAUUGACUAAAAGCCAUUCUUCUCAGCAGCCAAUAUUGGUCAGUCAAACUCUGGAUAUUCACAAAAGGAUGCAACCUUUGCACAUUCAGAUAAAAAGUCCUCAGGAAAGUUCUGGAGACCCAGGAAAUAGUUCAUCAAUAUCAGAAGGGAAAGGAAGUUCAGAGAGAGGCAGCCCGAUAGAAAAAUACAUGAGACCUGCGAAGCACCCAAAUUAUUCACCACCUGGAAGCCCCAUUGAAAAAUACCAGUACCCACUCUUUGGACUUCCAUUUGUACACAAUGACUUUCAGAGUGAAGCUGAUUGGCUGAGAUUCUGGAGUAAAUAUAAGCUGUCUGUUCCUGGGAAUCCACACUACUUGAGUCAUGUGCCUGGCCUACCAAAUCCUUGCCAAAACUAUGUGCCUUAUCCCACCUUUAAUCUGCCUCCUCAUUUUUCAGCUGUCGGAUCAGACAAUGACAUUCCUCUAGAUUUGGCGAUAAAGCAUUCCAGACCUGGGCCAACUGCAAAUGGUGCCUCCAAGGAGAAAAGUAAGGCACCACCAAAUGUAAAAAAUGAAGGUCCCUUGAAUGUACUAAAAAUAGAUAAAGUUGAUAGAAGUACUCAAGACGAACUUUCAACCAAGUGUGCGCACUGUGGCAUUGUCUUUCUGGAUGAAGUGAUGUAUGCUUUGCAUAUGAGUUGCCAUGGCGACAGUGGACCUUUCCAGUGCAGCAUAUGCCAGUAUCUUUGCACGGACAAAUAUGACUUUACAACUCACAUCCAGAGGGGCCUACACAGGAACAAUGCACAAGCUGAAAAGAAUGGAAAACCUAAAGAGUAAAACCUUAGCACUUAGCACAAUUAAACAGAAAUAGGUUUCCUUGAUGGGAAUUCAAUAGCUUGUAAUGUCUUGUGAAGACCUAUAAAGCACUUCAUAUAGAGAGCAUGCCUUAUCCAAUAUAAAAUACCUUGUUCUUUUCUCUUUUCUUUUGGUUUUUAUUUUAUUAUUAUUGUUAUUAAUGAGAGGGUUACCAAGAAGGAAAAACAAAUUGAAUGGUGGCUGGAGAGGAAAAAGUAUAAUCAUUUGGUACAUGGCUCGCCAAAACUGUCUAGAAUUCAAUGAAUCAGGACAAAUAUCCGCGGCCAUUUUUUUUCCAGGCAACUAAAACUUUUACUAUUAUGUAACUGGCUAGAAUACAAAAAUGUAUGUUUGUAUAUAUUGCUGGCAGGUGUAUAGUGAACAAAUGCACACUGUAUAUAGGAAAUAGACUUCUUAAAUAUACAAAUGUCCAGAAGUCAUUUGGUAUUUUUAAUUUGGGCUAAUUUCUGCCUUAAAACAUGCCUUAGUGUCACCUUGUCCUCAAAGCUUUGGCGUUGGUUUCAUCAAGACAUUUGUCAGACUCAACCAAUUUUUAGCUACCAUUUUAUCACUACACCUUUUCUGGCAUAGUGUAGACUAAGAAAACCGUUUUGCUCCAAUAAAUUGUCUUUAAUAUAGAAGCCACACUCUGGGCUUAAGUUGCAUAGAACAAGGUAACCUGCUGUAUUUUUUUUUCUGAUUAGCUGUACUUUCUGAACCUUGGAAUCUAAAGUUACUUCUACAUAGACUUAAUAUUGGUAUAUAUACCAGUCAAUCUCUUCACUAAACCUAUACCAGCUUUUGCUAAGUAGCAUUAAAUAUGUCUUCAUAGUACUUUUUAAUACUUAAAGCUUUGUAAAAGCUAUCCAUGAAGGGAAGGCUCCGCAGCAUAACUGCUCAGGGAAAUAGGGCUAAAUAACUAAAUAUUAAACAAUUGGUUAAAGGUGCUGUUGUCAAGCCUCCGUGCUUGCUACAAGAGUGUAAAAGAACUGACUUUAAUAAUUUUUCAUUAUAAUGUCCCAACCAGUAGUUUAUUAUUUUGCCACAGGGAUGUAGAAGAUAUUACAAGCUACUGGAUGCACUGUCAGAUUAACUUAUUUCAUUAAAGAAGUUGGGAGAACAAAUAGAAAAAAAACUUAUUUUUCUAGUAAAUAUUAAUGUAUUACAUUUCAAAUAAUGGUGCCUGACAUAUUGAAUAAUUAUUUUCUACCGUGUACAUAUGCAACAAAGAUAUUCCAUCAUGCAUUAGAGUCGGCUCUGGCUCUGCCUCGCUGUUUACAUUUGCAAAUGUAGCAAACAAGGUAAUGAAGCAACUAUUUCUAUUGCAGUAGGUAUCUUUUUUUGUGCGUGUGCAUUUAAAGUUGUAAACGAUAACAUGAAAUGAAUGACAUUUGUUCAUAUUAAUGGUAUGGAAAAAUAAGAAGGAAAUGAAAAUAUUUUUAUGCCUACUUAGGAAAAAAAGGGUAGCACUAUUCAUUCCAAGUACUUUUGUAUUCUUAAGCUCUUAACUCACAUUGUUAUGCUUAAAAUGAUAAACAUAUAUCCUCUUUUUAUUGCUUUGUCUGUGUUUCAAAGGAAACAUUUCAGAAAUUAUUUUGAUAAGCGCUGUUUGACUACGCAGCGCUAAUGUUUUUAUUGCAUCCUUUAGUAGCAUUGCACUCCAUUGUUACAAUAUUAUGCAGUCGCUUUUUUGUUUUGUUUGGGUUUGUUUCUUUUUCUCAGUGCAGGGUCUGAGUUCCUUAAGGUUGAAUGGCAGGUAUAGUUCAAUUGGUUCAUGAAUGUUUCAGCAACGGAAGUUUAAAAUGUCUUUUUAAUAUUAUGAUGCCUUUUUUUUCCUAUUCAUGCAUUUUAUUUUUUAAAAUGUUCUAUAAAAAUAUAUCCGGCCUAAAUCCUUCACUUGAGAUUAUAUGUAAAGGGUCCUAUUCCGAUCAUACUUACAUGCCACUUAUCUCAAACUUCCAUGUAAUUGACACUAAAGCACUAUAAAAGGCUCUUGCUUUUAACUUACAUGAAAUUCAUCAUUCUCCCUUCUAGAAAUUGGUGCACUUAUGAGACACUUAACCAGGGAAAACUGGGAGGUUGGAGGAUGAAAUGGAAGGUGAUGGGAAAUGUCUAGAAGGGGCUGGAGAAAGUAUAAAAUGGGGAGGAACUGGCCUAAAUGUACAGCACUUUGAUAGUCUUUUGAAAAAAUGUGCCAAGUUAAAGCAGCCCGCAAGAAAUUCACCAUGCAUGAGAAGCACUUGCACAGCUGAUCACCGAAGGUCUUGCUGACCUUGGCAGUAUUUUACGUGUUACAUUUUCACACGGAUGAAAAGUUAUUGAACAAUCCCUCUAAUUUGUUAGUCACAAACAGGCUAUUGUUCAACCUAAGGCUUGCAUUCCUUCCUGCUCCACCCAUUUCUUUCACAACAGCCACUUUUACGGUGAGCAGUGUACAGACAAUCCCUCCUCAGCAUACAUGGUUGAAUUCUAUAACCCUUUAAUGGUGAUCUAGGUUAGCAAAGGAUAUUGUGCCACAUUCCUCUUUCUCUGUUUUUUUGUUUGUUUGUUUGUUUUUUGUUUUGUUUUUCAAGAUGAAUCUUCUGCUUAAUGCCAGUGCCAGGAAAUGACUGGUUGUGUUGACUAUUGUUCUCCAACAAUAGUUCUGUUUUUUGUGGACUGAAAUGGAUUGUUCUCCUCUUGUUAUGUCGGGCCCAGUGUGUGUGUCCUUAUCAGCUCUUUCAAAAAACUUGUUAGGCUUAAAUAGCAGCAGCUGUAUUGGCAUCUGAAGUGACCGCCUUGAGGUUAUUGGCACGAUUACUGUGUUGGGAUAUUUCCUAUAAAUCUUAGCACUUCUUGUGGCUUCUAUACUUCUGGAAGCUGCAUCUUCAUGGAAAAUAUUCUGUAGUGCACACGUUCAUCAUAAAGAUUUGUGCUCAGACCUGUGUUUCAUUACGCCUCUUGCUAAACUCAAAGCAGAAGCCAACAUGGGGGAAAUACCUUCCAACCAAUACACAUAGUAAGGUUUGGGCAUGAGGAGCGAUACGAUCUUGUAAGUGCAGAGCGCAGGAUAGAGCUUUAAAUGUUAACAUUGUACCUAUAGAGUACAAAUUAAAUUUGAAAAUGUACCCAUUGUUCUCGCCAUGACAUAUUGACGUGUUCUAAAAAUUCUGCUUCUAAAGGUAAUGACAUUUUGUUCUAACCUGUUCUUUUGAAGUAAAAAUAGUUAUUUAAGGGAAGAAAAAAAAAGCCUGGAUUCCCACCCUCCCCACAUGGUGAUAUUAAUGAAGAGAAAAAUGCAAGUCCUGAAAUUAAAAAAAAAAAAAAAAGGAAAGAAAGAAAGAAAGACUUAAGUAACAGCUCUUAGUUUGAAGCCUAUAUAGGUGCUGAAGUGGUUUGUUUCUUCUUUAGACACUAAAAAAAAGUUUAGUAGUUCCCAGCCAGAUAAGUAUCACAAGUUUUUUAGUUAAAAAUACAUUUAGUAAAUGUAUGACAAAGUGCUUAGAAUAAACACUGUGUGGCAGCAGCCACAUAUUGUGUUGUAUUCCGGUUUUUUAACUGUGCUCAUCACCAUGGUAUCUGAGCGCUAAUGGAAAGAAGGGCAGGGUGGGGAUGAUGAAACCUCUCAAAAUUCCAUUGGAAAUUUUACUUACAGCAGAAUUCACCAGCAGGAGGGAAAUGUCUUUUCGUAUGGAAUGAUUUCAUGUUGCUUUUAAAAAAAAACAAAAAACUCUUUAAACUUGUAGCCCUGAUUUGACUCUAGAAUGUUGGCUCUAGUUGUCCUGUCCUUACAAAACAUGGAUAUGUUGGGGGGUUUUGUUUUCUGUUGUUGGGGGGUUUUUUGUUUUGUUUUAUGUUUUAUGUUUUUUUCUCAUAGUGCAUGUUCAUUUCUACUCACAAACAUGUUCUUGGUGUAUUUCUUAUGCAAACAAUCUUCAGGCAGCAAAGAUGUCUGUUACAUCUAAACUUGAAUAAUAAAGUUUUACCACCAGUUAUAA